AUGCGCACUCUUCGUCGCUCCUGUGCGGCCUGUGCCAAAUCCAAGCACAGUUGCGACCUGCAAACCCCUCGCUGUUCUCGCUGCAUUAAGCGCAAAGUCCUGUGCGUCUAUGCCAAUGAGCCCUUGACGGCGCUGCCGGCAGCGCCCCGACCCGAGGAUGGCGCAUCCAUGAGGUCUCUCGAUGGAUCCAGCGCGCUAUCCAGCUACAGAUUCGGGUCUCUCGAUCCUUUUGAUUCCUACCCACAGACGAGGCUUCCCCGGGAACGUGUUCAACGUCUCAUCCAUAGCUUUAUCCACAAGAUCGCUUUCCAAUACUACCCUCUCGACCUGAACCCAACCUCAAAUCCAUUUCUCGUCACUUGGUGGCCAUUGGCUCUGGGCGAUCCAGCACUAUUUCACGUGUCGCUGCAGACGGCCUGUCUUGAUGAGGAGCUGUUAGCCCAGAAAGGCUUUCAAACCUCCGAAAUUCUAAUGGUAGACUCGGUGACUUUACUCCGACGCAAAGUGGAAGACGUGUCCCUGGCGGUGCAAGAUGGGACCAUGAACUCUGUCAUCACCUUGGCGGCGAUCGAAUUUGGCAAGGGGAAUAUCAAGAUGAGCGAAGUGCAUGUUGAUGGGGUGAAAAGACUCGUCAACAUGAGAGGAGGUAUCAAUUCGGUGAGGCAAACCAGUCCACUUACCGCGAGAAUGAUCAGCUGGGUAUCGAUGAUCGUCAUGGGCCAUCCCCAAUUCGAGACCCAGGAUGACAUUGGCAUUGGGGAUGGCAUACCUCCCAUACCGGAGUGGCAUUUGGACUCAACUACCCUUCAUGAUGAUUUAUCUGAUCUCAGCGGCAUUAUUGACGUCGACUCUGUAGUCCAGAAUGUCUUCAUCCGUCUCCGCAACGCCUUCCGACGGGCACAUCAGAUACCCUUCCCAACCACCCGACUUCAUGACCUCACCUGUUUUGUCAUACACCGACUUCUACACUCCGCUUCGGAAACGACGAUCCCCCAGUCAUCAUCGAUCACCGAAUGCAUUCGCUACGCAAUCAUCAUCUACAUGUUCAUCACCCAGGGGCCAACGUAUUACUCACAUGCCGUCAUCUUGAAUACGAUUAUCACUCGGUUCGUAAAGUAUCUCCAACAACUCGAACCGACACCACAUGUGUCUGAUUCACUGAAUGUCUGGCUUCUUGCGAUUGGAAUGGUGGCCUCGACUUACUCACCCCAUUACCAGUGGUUCACGGAGAGAGCUCGGGCUGUGGCUGCCUCUCUACAGCUGGGUAACUGGAAUGACGUCUUCGCCCGCGUCAAGAACGUCCUGUGGUUGGAGACAUUGCAAGGCGAAAUUAUAUUUCGAUCCCACUGGGACGCUAUUCUUAGUCCUGCAGAUCAACCAGGGUCGUCAGACUUGACAAUCUGUAUCUCACCAAGCUGCACUGGCACUGGGUUCUACGAAAUACAAUCGCACCUCCAAGUUGGUACCAUGUAG